AUGGCCGCUAUCGCGCCCGUUAUCAGCAGCUUUUCGCUCAUUUUUGGAGGAUGCUGUGCCAAUGUUUACUGCUUGGAAGCGAUAGUAAAACAGGAGCCUGUUAGUGGUUUACUCAUCACGCUCUUCCAAUUUGUGUUUACAUGUCUAUCAACAUUGCACUACCAGUUCGACCCAAACGGUCGCUACUUUUUGAGGAGCUCGCCGGUCCCUUUCCGAAAGUGGUGCGUCAGCGCUGCGUUGUUCUUCACAGUCAACAUGUUAAACAACUGGGCGUUUGCUUUCAAUAUCUCUGUCCCCGUUCACAUCAUCCUCAGGAGCUUUGGUAGUGUGACUACCAUGGCGGCUGGAUGGCUUCGUGGCAAGAGAUACACUCCUUUACAGGUCUUCUCGGUCGCAAUUCUGACGCUAGGCGUCAUGGUAUCCGCAUGGGCAGAUGCACAAUCGAAGGGCAAGAAUAUGGAGGCCUCGAGUUCCGACGAGUCCAACUCGUCGCUUCAAGCUGGUCUCGCCAUCCUACUUAUUGCUCAACUGCUCUCUGCAUGGAUGGGAGCCUAUGUCGAAGACGUUUAUCGCGAGCACGGCAAGGACUGGCAGGCCAAUCUCUUCUACUCCCACCUGCUGUCUAUUCCGUUCUUCGCGGGAUUCACCCCAGUUUUGACCCAACAGUUCAAGCGUCUACAGGCAUCGCAGUCAUUCGAGGUGCCACCCAAGGUGGCCGAAAGCCUUCCGCCAAUCGUCAACAGUAUCUUGGCCUCGACAUCGCAGCACGUCAUCUACCUUACCGCCAAUGCCCUGACGCAACUACUUUGCAUCACUGGCGUCAACAUGCUUAGUGCAAACACAUCUGCGGUUACUGUUACGAUAGUUUUGAACAUCAGAAAACUGGUAAGCUUCUUGCUGAGUAUCUGGCUCUUCGGGAACCAGAUGAGUGGGUUGAUGAAGGUUGGCGCGGCAAUGGUGUUUGGUGCGGGCGCUCUGUACGGAUGGGAAACGUCGUAUCGCAUUCCACAGCAAAAGAAGUUGGAAGCCGAACAGGGAAAGAAGCGUCAGUGA